GCUGAGUCUGGGGGAAAACCGAAGGGUCUAGUCCGACGGGGUCGUUCUCAAGGUGCACAUACUCCGCGAGCGAAAUGCCGGUCACGGCGGGUGUUGCGUGGCGGCCGUCUCCCGUCACCGGGACCGUAUAUAAGCGGCACCGGUGACCCGACAGAGGCACACUCCGACCUGCACACAUCGACAGACAGUCACAGAGGCCAGAGCAGCUGGCCGACAUGGCGGUCAGAAAGGUUUACAUCCUAGCCCUGUUGGCCGGGCUUUGCUUGGCUGACGGCGGCGGACAUUUGGGAGGCGGAGGCGGCGGCGGUUACAGCGGAGGAGGUGGUUACAGCGGAGGAGGCGGCGGCGGCUACAGCGGAGGCGGCGGCGGCUACAGCGGAGGAGGCGGCGGCUACAGCGGAGGUGGAGGUGGUUACAGCGGCGGAGGCGGCGGUGGUUACAGCGGAGGAGGAGGUGGUUACAGCGGAGGCGGAGGUUACAGCGGAGGUGGCGGCGGCUACAGCGGAGGCGGUGGCGGCGGUUACAGCGGAGGUGGCGGAGGCGGCGGUUACAGCGGAGGCGGCGGCGGUGGUUACAGCGGAGGUGGCGGCGGCUACAGCGGAGGCGGCGGAGGCGGCGGUUACAGCGGAGGCGGCGGCGGUGGUUACAGCGGAGGCGGCGGCGGCGGCUACAGCGGGGGCGGAGGCGGUUACAGCGGAGGCGGCGGUGGUGGUUACAGCGGAGGAGGAGGUGGUUACAAUGGAGGUGGAAGCGGUGGUUACAGCGGAGGAAGUAUCGGUGGUUACAGUGGAGGCGGCGGCGGCGGCGGCUACAGUGACUACGGUCCUCCCAAGGGAUAUUCUUCUGGAGUGUCAAUAAGUUACAGCAGCGGAAGCGGUGGUUACAGCGGAGGCGGCGGCGGUGGUUACAGCGGAGGCAGCGGCGGUGGUUACAGCGGCGGAGGCGGAGGUUACAGCGGAGGAGGUGGUGGUUACAGCGGAGGGAGCAUUGGUGGUUACAGCGGAGGCGGCGGCGGUGGUUACAGCGGUGGCGGAGGCGGCGGUUACAGCGGCGGAGGCGGAGGCUACAGCGGAGGAGGCGGCGGCUACAGCGGAGGAGGCGGUGGUUACAGCGGAGGAAGCAGUGGUGGUUACAGCGGAGGAGGCGGUGGCUACGGCACCAGCUACAGCAUCGUUCCCAUCUCAACUGGCGGAGCGGGAAAAUACCCGGCAGCUCUGCCCUCUUCCCACUACGGAGGCUAAAUGGGAAAUGCUUGUUAUUAUCUAUGUGGCGGAGAACACCAAGCCUAUACUGUUUUCCGGCCAGAUAUAUCUGUAUUUAUUUGACAAUGCUGUAAUGUGAAUUGUUUUAUUUAUGUAAAUAAAUGAAAAUGAUCUGA